UCUGAAAUAAUAAAAUUAAUACAAACCGUAUAGAGCAAGCAAUCAUAUAGCUCCUUCUACAUUUUGAAGAUAUUGAAAUUGCUUUAUAGUUGAUAUAAUUUAAGUGAGACGAACCUUCUUACUUAUACAAAAACAGAUUUAUACUUGAGAUUUAUAUAUUUUCAAAGAUGAUAGGCGUUUUGAGCUAUAUUCUAUUUUUAUUUGUACUUAUAUUAUAAAAAUAAUAGGCGUUUCGAGAUAGAUGAGAAUUAUUUCUUGAACUAAAACAUGUGUUAUACUACUUUUACUAAAAUAUUUGUAUCUACUCGAUGGAUAUAGAAACAUAAUGAGACUACGAAAAUCAAUAAUAAAAAAAAAGAUUUUUUAUUACUACAAAGAAGGCCGCAUGAAAAAUGGGUAAUGAAUGAUCAAAUGAGUUAUCGGUUAGAUAGAUAGGAAUCAUAUAAUAUAUUAUGUUAAGCUAUAUUGUAAUGAAUAAUGGCAAUAUAUGUAAUUAGUCUAAUGAGGAAAGGGCUUUUAAUUAAAUGAUCGGAAAGUGAUUCUAGUGUUGACACCUAAGAAAUGACAAUUUGGUUAAUAACACAUGAGAUCAAAGUUAGUUUAAAAUAAUGCUCCUCAAAUAAUAAAAAAGGAUGUCCACGUUAUAGAUCGUUGAAUUUGUCUAAUGAUUUGGCUUCUUCAAAAUAUGUACAGUAUAUGUUAUGUCGUUCUACACAACACAUUGGUUAUACCAUACUUUGGAGUUCCACGUGAAUCGCUGAAUCCUUGUAGUACGACGACCAAUUAGUCCAUAUGUGGGAUCAGGAAAGACUAACAGUUUGUUCAUUACAACUCUCUUGGUUCCUCUCCUAAUUCCUUAACCAGAUACCUCUCUCCCGACCAAAAAUAGGUAAUUUCUUACAGUAAGAAAUUUAAUAUGUGGGAUCAGGAAAAAUAGAUAGUUGUGAUGUGGGAGUCCCACAGUGGGACUGAAGGCCCAGAGGUCCCAGACAAAGUGCUUUUGUGAACAUAUCCUUAAAUAAUUUGUUACAUACCAAAACGGUACUUUCUUCAAAUAUUGUUGUGAUUUUUUUUUUUGAACUUUAUGUUAUUACUGUGUUUCUAGAUCGAGAACGAAUGUGUGUUUUCACUGUUUAAUAAAAUAUACAAACAGUUUUAACUUUACAAUAUUAAUGGGUUAAUUAUCUUCCACGGAAAUGAAUAUGUUUAUUAAUAUAUAGAUAAUCUAUCCCGUCAUACGGACUUAAUUUUACGAACCCACACCUGCCUUUUUUUAAUGAAAACCCACAUAUGCUUUCAGUUAAUUAACUUGAAUCUUCGACUUAUGGCAUGCAUUUGAAAACGUUUAAUUGAUCAUUGGAUACAAAACUUCCACAUAACUAUGAAGUUUAAACUGAAUUAUUUCAGAUAUAGAUGAAACUAGAAAACAUAAUCGUGUAUCUAUUUGUAAAAAGACUCCAAAACAACAUGUUCAGUUCACACGUUUUAUCUUGAGUUAGUGAUCAGUGUGUAGUGUGUAUACAUCUCUCUUAGAUGUAUAACUAAGUUUCUUUUUCAAUAUCUGUCCACAUCUUUACGUCAGAAAAAAAUGAAUCCCCUAAUGUACGAAAAUUAUUGUUUAUUUAUAUUUUUAAUGAAUGGAAAACAAAGUUGUUAUAUUCUUAUUCCCUUAACUUUUUCUAAUGUCGGUUUAAUUAUACACAAAUAAUAUAUUUCUUAUAUAAAAUCAAUCCGUCAAAAUAGAACUUUUAUGCUUGUUUUCUUCUUCGAUUCCAUGCAUGUGUUUACGAAAAGAAACUGGUAAAUAAUAUGUACAUGCAUGCAUUUUCCUUCUUUAUUUUUUCUCUUUUUAUCAUCUUGGAUCUUUUUACAGUGUUCAUAUUUAUUUAAUUUCUUCUGUCAGAGCUUUUUUAGUAAUCUUUAUUGAUAUCCAUUUCUUAAUCUGUUCAGAUUCACACGUACGCUUUUUUUUGCUAUAACCAAAUGAAAAGGCCAUUUUCACGCGUCUCUACAGUUUAACAAAUACAGUACUCAUACAAUUGCAUGAUUUUUAUGUGCCUCGAAAUUAUGAUAUAUAUACUAAACAAAAUUUGAAAAAUAUGCAAAACUUCAGAUUGACGUUUUGUUGUUAUUUUUCUUAUGUUCACACAAACAAAAUGUUUUAUAAAACAUUCAAAAUUCUUCACUCCAGAACCCUAAUUAAUAUCUCCAGCUCUUCCACUUUCCUUGUCAUUCUUUAUUUCUCAUUUUCAACGCAUCAUCGUCUAUUCGAAACAGUGAAAAAAACUGAAACCCUAAUAAUCAAUGAAUAAUGGGAAGAGGCCCUUUCGAGCUGGUGAACCUGAGGAGAAGAAAGAAGCCGAUGACGACGAGAACAUAUUUCCGUUCUUCUCGGCUCGAUCCGAAUACGACACGCGUGCCAUGGUCUCAGCCUUGACUCAAGUCAUUGGAAACCAAAGCAGCACGCAUGAUAAUAAUCUACAUCACCCUGUUGAGUAUGAUCAGCAAGAUCCUAUCCAACAUGUUCCUCCUACUCAAGAUCAAGGAAACUUGAGGAAAAUACAUUAUAGAGGGGUAAGGCAACGACCAUGGGGAAAAUGGGCUGCCGAAAUUAGGGAUCCACAAAAGGCCGCACGCGUGUGGCUUGGGACAUUUGAGACCGCUGAAGCUGCGGCCUUAGCUUAUGAUGAAGCAGCUCUUAGGUUCAAAGGAAGCAAAGCCAAACUUAAUUUCCCUGAGAGAGCUCAACUAGCAAGUAGCACUAGUACUAUUACCGGUCUACCAAACUAUUACUCUUCUAAUAAUCAAACUUACUACUCAAAUCCGCAGACUAAUCCACAAAACAUACCAUAUUAUAACCAAUACUACUAUAACCAAUAUCUUCAGCAAGGGGGAAAUAGUAACGAUGCAUUAAGCUAUAGUCUGGCAGGUGGGGAAACCGGAGGCUCAAUAUAUAGUCAUCAGACAUUAUCUAAUACCACUUCUUCACCAGCUGGUGGAUCUUUAAGGCAACAAGAAGAAUACACAAGAUUUUGGCAUUUUGGGGAUUCUUCUCCUAAUUCUGGGGUUUGAGAUCCUCAUAUAAAUAAGGGGUUUCGGGUGACUUGUUAUGAGGAGAUCAUAUCAUAUGUUCCUUGAGUGUUUUCUGUUUUCAUUAUGCGUGUGUCAUUUGUGUAUCAUUUUCUUAAUUAGUUUCUUCUUUCGAGAGUUUUCA